GGAGAAGAUGGCGGUCUCCACAGGAGUUAAAGUUCCUCGGAAUUUUCGCUUGUUGGAAGAACUUGAAGAAGGACAGAAAGGAGUAGGUGAUGGUACCGUUAGCUGGGGCCUUGAAGAUGAUGAAGACAUGACACUUACAAGGUGGACAGGCAUGAUUAUUGGGCCACCAAGGACAAACUAUGAAAACAGAAUAUAUAGUCUGAAGGUAGAAUGUGGAUCUAAAUAUCCAGAAGCUCCUCCAUCUGUUAGAUUUGUAACAAAAAUUAAUAUGAAUGGGAUCAAUAAUUCCCGUGGAAUGGUGGAUGCACGAAGCAUACCAGUAUUAGCAAAAUGGCAAAAUUCCUAUAGCAUUAAAGUUGUCCUCCAAGAGCUGAGACGUCUAAUGAUGUCCAAAGAAAAUAUGAAGCUUCCACAACCACCAGAAGGACAAACGUACAACAACUGAUUUUAGUGGAUCUCAAACUUGUCUUAAAUCAACAACCUUCUACUCAUGUUAAUGUCUUGAUUAAAUAUCACCAUGCAAAAUACCCACACAUUAAGUAAAAGAAUUCCAGCUGGUAAACAUGACCUGGACAGUUGUAAGAAUAUAUUUAAUAUAUGUACACCUAUUAUGUUUUCGGGUAACAGGAGAAGUGCAGCACAAUUUUUCUUUCUCUUCUUAAAGCACUGUCAUUUAAACAUGAGCCUGAAGUAUUCAAAAUUGAAUUCAGGUUCUCAAGACAAAAGCACGGCAAAGAGUGUCAGAUGGCAGUGGAAACCUUUGUCUUUCUGAACAAUAAAGUCUCAAGACGGAAGAGCAGAAAUGGCAUGCUUUAUCCAUCGUCCUUAGACUACAGCGAACUGUUUAAAGUAGCAGGUAUAAUGAGUAGUCACAGUUGUGUUAACUCGAAGCGGUGCGGGUGUGGGU